CAUAUAAAACCAAGUAAACGAAACGCUACUACCGCAGUGUGUCACUCCUUCAUCUCCCCUCCAAGCUUACACAGUACAAACCCAACACUGUCCGUCUACUCAUCUUCCAUUUCUUCUCCAAUGCUUUUUCAUCACCUCAUUGAUCUCGUACCAAACUUCUUUCACACAUUCCCAUUCAGAUUUUGACGAUUCGUUUCUCGCACGUCGCGCACCAUUUCCCUGACACGUUACUUUCCAACUCUUCUCAACUCGGAAGGUUCAAAUAACGAUUCAAGAAGAUGUCGCUGUAUAUCGGUAAACUGUCUGGACGCGUUGGGAGAGAUGAACUUGAGCGUGUUUUCCGUAGAUUUGGGCAUUGUAAUGUUCAGAUGAAAAGUGAAGGGUAUGGGUUUGUGGUAUUUGACUUCCGUAAGGAUGCGGAGAAUGCUUUGAGAGCAUUGAAAGGUAGAAAUAUAUGUGGGGAACCAUUGACUUUGAUGUGGUCCAAACAACAACCCAAGUCACAUUUUACAAAAUUUGAUAAGGGUGGUGGAAGAAGUGCUCAUGAGUUGCAAGGUGGGAGGGUUUUUGACAGAUUGGGGUAUGGAGGAAAGAAACAGGGUUUUGAUGGACGGAGGAAUCACAAUAUGAGUAUUGUUGAAAGGGGUAAAUCCGAUGAUAUGUCUGGUGUAAAGAGGGGAUAUAAUGAAGAUGGUUUUAAGGAUUGUGGUGGAGAAAAAAAAGAUCACGGAGGAGACUUUCCAGAUGAAGGUGGUGGAGUUGUUCCCAACCAGGAGGAAAAUGGUAAAUGCGUUGAGCCAACUCAUGAUCUGGAAAUUGACUAUGGGAAUGGGAAUACUUUGGAAUUUGAUCGUUAUGAACCUUCCCGUUGCUAUGACAGGAAGAAUGGCAAAGAAGAUUACUCUGGCAGUUUUAGAAAAGUACAUUCCCAAGAGAAUGUAGGCAGAGCACAGAUUGGAGAGGACACAUUGAAUUGCCCAAAUGGUUCAAAAUUCCAGCAAACUUGUGGAGAAGCAGGUCAUAAAAUGCAAAAUUGUAGGAAAGAACGCACUUUACAGAGAAAAUAUAACAGAUCGGAAUUGGAUGAUGGGAAGGAUGAUAAAAUAGACAAAAGGCGUAGAGUUGAAGAUGAUAUUAAACCUGUACAUGGUUCUUGUGUGAAUCCACAGUCAAAUAGUGAUGCUUCAUUGACGAGUCACCAGAGAGAUAAGUGGAGGGUGUCUGAUUCACAGCAUGAUUGUGCACCAUUGAGAAAUGUAUCAUCCCUGGUAACAAAGGAAGCUGAUAUAUAUCAAAGAAAGGAGUAUGGAGGAAGAAAGCAAAGUAAAAAUAUUAUAGAAUCACCUAAAAGAUCUAGGGCAAAGAUAUCAAGGCAGUCAGUCUCAUCAUCUAUGCUUUCAGAUUGCUCUGCAUAUCGCUCACUGACACAUUCCCAAUCAUCCAAGUCAUUGCCCAGGCCUUCUCCAUAUUGUAGAUCAAGAUCAGUGUCUUCUAGAGCACACUCUUCAUCUCCAAAGUUAAGGUCUUCCUCAAAAUCUCAAAAUUGUAGAGGAAAAAAAUUACAUUCAAUGAGUUCAAGUUCCCCUACAUCUUUGUCUGGAUCACUCGAUCAGCCUUUACUGUCAUCUCCAAAUAAAAUCCAGUUUAAUUCAAAAAGCUCAUCCACUGACGCUGAUGCUGCACUUGAGCCUAUGGAUCAUAUGGUUGCACAGGGACAACAGAUUGGCAGUACAAUGGGAUUGGAGAAUUUACAGUCCAAGGACUCAGGUAUUGCUGUAAAUGGACAGGCUGCAGUGUCCGCUACAGCAGUGGAUGCCACAGAAAAGGAUCAACAUGAGCAGGUGGACAAUAAUGGGGAUUUAACCAAACCAAUUGUUGCAGGGAAUUUGUAUCCCAGGAGGGUGAAAGAGGCAGAGGGCUUUCAGAAUUCUGGAACACUGAUGGUGGAUGAUAUUGAUAUUACAACUGAAGUUCAGAAGCCAACUUUGGAAACCCAUAUUAAUUCCAGUUCUGGCCGCUCAACCAUCAUAUCCACAGAGGAAAUGCACAUGGUUCUUAGUAAAAGUGGCUUGGAUCUUCCGAAAGGCCAUGAAAUAAAGUUAACAACGGAUGACUUCUUUGGUGCUGCUCGGUUGUGGCCUUGGUAUAUUAUAUAUUACCGUAGGUUGAAGAAGGGCCCAAUUUCAAUUGAGAACUAUGCCAGGCGGGUUGCUCAAAAUGAGGAAUUCUGCAUUGUUGAUAAGUACAUAAGAAGCAGUAGUGGGUGGGGAGAAUUCAGUCUUGAGCACUCUUGAUAGCUUACACUGCUCUGUGUCUAUAAAGUUUGCCCAGGUUGGUGUGUCAUGGAGAAAAAGGUGUUGCUCAUCAUCCAAAUUUAAUCACUUGUCUGGUAUACUAUUAUUAUAGCUGCUUAUUUUCUUUUAUGAGGAGGGUGGGUUUUGGAUUAAAUAUUAGUGGUAGAUCUUUCAUCUUUGUGUAAGUAUUGAUCAUGUGUCUAUGGCCAUCCCGGGGGGAAAGUAGGAAUCAGAAAGGAAAUACUUUUCCAUAAUGAUUAAGUUGUUAUUUUGAUUAACAUGAUAUAUAUUAUAGAAAAUGGAAAAAACAUUGAUAUGGGUAAUGCAAGGGCGUGAAAAUGUAUUUGGCUAGUGUUACCAACAAGAACUUGUUUGCCUUGUGACUUAAACAGGAAUGAUAAAAUGAGUAAAAUCAAAUGUAUGUAUAAAUGAAAAGUAUAAUAUAUCUUAUAGCAUGCAUAUGUAGAGAAUGCAUGCAAAAUAUCAAACUUAUCACUAAGUAAGACAGUUUUUAUUUCUACAAGUGCUAUUUUUGGUUUGAGUUCGAAAGAGGGGUUUCAUCGGAAUUGGAGUCCCAUAAGGGUUUGGGAUUGGAUUUGUUAUGGUCAAGAGUGUAGGAAGAAAAAAGAAGUGGGGAAAUGAGUUGGUGGAAGUGAUUAGUUGUGUCCUUGUUGUUAAUUUGGAUAUGUGGGUGAUUGUGGAGAGGAAUAGUAAUUUGAGAAGAAGAGGAAAAUAAGAGUUUUAGAGGGUGUUAGAUCUUGUAUUUUUCUGCUACAAGGCUGAAGAAAUUCCUAAUUUAGCCCUACAUUGGAUUUCUGUUGUUUUUUGUCUAGUAGCUAGAAAAUUCACCUUAAAGGUUAAUAAGUUGAGUAUCCUGGGUUCAAACCUCGGCUUCUGCACAUAUAGUGCGAUGUUCCUACAUUGAAUUUCUAUUGUUUUUAUCUUUUAUUUUUAGUUUAAAUGAGUCAGGAAA